UGACUUUGAUAUUCCAUUUGACAACUGAAUCAAACACAUAAACGGUAAAUUAAAACUUCAAUAACCUUUCAAUUAUUAAAUCAAAUACUUGAAAUUAUAAAUUAAAAUAAUGAGACGAAGAACAGCGAAAUCUAAACCCGUUCUUUGGUUAAGUGACGAGAUACCUAAUGAAAAAUGUUUUACUACGAGCUUCAAACACUACGAAAAGUUUCAAUUCAAAGAAAUUGUUGGUGAGAUUGGUGAUUAUGUGUUAAUUUCUAAUGCGGACGCUGCCGAACCGGACACGGAAGAGGGGUGCGAUGCUGCUAAAAUAUUAUCAUUGUAUGAGGAUCUAUCUAACAAGACUGAUCCAUACAGAGCUAAUGUGCAAUGGUACUCAAAACCAUCUGAUUUGCCCAAAGGAUGUUUGAAUAAAUCGGAUCAAAUUUGUUUCUUUGACAAAGAGGUAAUAGAAGAUCAUCGCCCCUUUGACACUCAUGUUUCUAUAGAAACAUUUUAUAAAAAAUGUUCCAUAACACUUGCACAUACUAAAGACACUGAUAAUGUCAUAACAGGAACUGAACAAUACAAUUAUAUCUGUAGAUAUCGGCUCAUAGCCAACGGUAGGAGAAAGGUUAACCUCGAACCUGCAUUAGAAUUAGAAAGAAAUGCAUUACAAUUAUUAUUUACCCCAAAAAAAAGCAACUCAUUAUCAUCAACACCGAAAACACCAAACUUGUCACGAAGAAUGAGCAGAAUUUCAUUAUCAGAAUCUAACUGGAAUGUAACAAAAAAAGAUGACACAAAAUUAUUACUAAAACGAGCUAUCUUAUGCGAUAAAAAUGAAAAACAAACACCCAUUCAGACAACACCGAAAAAGAUACCAAAAGAUGAACCAAUGCUAAUAGAAACACCGAAGAGUAGUAAAAAAAGAACAAGGAAUUAUGAAGAAAUUUUGUCUAUGGUUUUAAAAGAAAAUCCUAACGAUGAAAUGCCAACAUUGAUCAUCAGAAAAGUGGAACCGAGUACACCGAAAAGAGAAUCAAUAAGUUACGAAUCUAUUCACACACCUAAGAAGGAAUUUGAUAUCCAAUUAGAUGAACAAGUGACCUAUUCAACUCGUUCCGGAAGAAAAACAAAACAUCCCCUUAAGUAUGUAACGGAUGAAACUUCUCCUGUAAAAAGAACACCUAAAAAGAAUAUAAAAAGGUACACAAGUGAUAGUGACGAUGAUUUCAAACCGUUGCCUAAAACACCAACAGCUCUUAGAACACCCAAAACCCCUAGAACUCCUAAAACACCUAGGACAUAUGCUAAAACUCCUAAACGUAGUGCUAAAAGGGUACUAAUGAGUGAGCUUACACCUACUCUACAUUCAAGAGCACAUUCUCUAGAUAAUAUAGAAGAGUUUUUAAAAGAAAAUCAAUCCUUGCCGGGACGAGAGAGUCAAAUGAAGGAAAUACUGUUAUAUGUUAGGAAUAAAUUAUUAGAUAAUGUAAGUGGAUGUAUGUACAUAUCAGGAGUACCAGGUACAGGUAAAACGGCAACCGUGAACUCCGCACUGAAAGUCCUGAAGGAAGAAUCAGAUCUACCCGAGUUUCAAUUAGUUGAGGUCAACGGAAUGAGGAUUGCCGAACCUAGACAAGCAUAUGUGCAAAUAUAUAAACAACUAACUGGUAAAUCUGUCGUAUGGGAACAAGCUUGCUCUUUGUUAGAGAAGCGUUUCACUAAACCCGGUCCGAGGAGAACACCUACUGUCUUAGUUGUUGAUGAGUUAGACGCAUUAUGCACCAGACGUCAAGACGUGCUGUACAGUAUAAUGGAGUGGUCGACACAUGACAGCGCGUUGCUGACUGUACUGGCGGUGGCCAACACUAUGGAUUUACCGGAGCGUGCGCUGGCAUCACGAGUCGCGUCCCGUGUGGGGCUGACACGGUUAACAUUCCCGCCGUACUCGCACGCGCAGCUGCAGCGCAUUGUCGCUGCCAGACUGGGACAUGAUAAUGUUACUGCGGACGCGGUGCAACUUAUAGCCAGGAAAGUGGCAGCAGUCUCAGGCGACGCGCGUCGUGCGCUGGCGCUGUGUUCUCGCGCACUGGAGCUGGCCAGUGCUGGCGCGGGUGCGGGACGCGCUGGCUUGGGGGAGGUGGAGCACGCGCUGGCUGAAGCCGCCUCUAGUGCAGUAGUACGUGCCCUGAAAGCCUGCUCCCCCGCUGAAAGACUCAUGCUGAGAGCGGUCGCUGCUGAGGUUGAAAGAACAGGUUCAGAUGAAACGACAUUAUCACGUGCGCUAGCUAAAGCAGCAGAUAUAGUGGCCAUAGAGGGCCGGCCAUAUGCAUCCGCGCCCAGUAUACGGCCGCCGACGCCAUCUCAGGCGCAGGCCAUUUGCGCCAGACUGGCCGCCGUCAAACUACUGCUCGUGGAGCCGAAACCCUCUGAACCAAGGCUUCUAUUAAAUAUAAGCGCUGACGAUGUGCAUUAUGCUACAAAAGAUAUCACUGUGUAAGGUAUAUGGUCA